AUGGUUGGUUCAAUGGAGAACCCUGGUUCAUGGGACCUUGCCUGUCUUCUGAUCAGCACCUCGCGGUUCAACCGAUAUAUGCCCUACUACACGAUGAUGGCCGCUGUAUGGUCUACCUUGAUUGCUGGCGCUUUAAAGUUGCAAGAGGAUCCCGCCAGUCUCUCUGUCGAGUACAUCCUCUUCAAAGCCGGCCUGUGCUUUGUUCACUGCUUGUUACUAUGCGGUGCUGGGAACACAUGGAACGACCUGAUAGACCGUGAUAUUGACGCCAGGGUGGAAAGGACAAAAAUGCGGCCGUUGGCAUCUGGAAAAGUCUCAACCGUCGAGGCCCUGGUAUGGAUGGUCGAAGCAUCCAGUAUCAUGCUGUAUCCCUACUUGAAACGACCCGUAUUCAGCAGAGUCUUCAUCUACCCCCAGUAUAUCCUUGGCUUGGCCGUCGCCUACCCAUCGAUAACAGGCUGGGCCUCAAUCAACGGGCAAGAGCAGUCCAUGUCUGAGAUCUUCACACAUUGCACCCCGAUCUGCCUUCUUAUCUUCUUCUGGUGCCUCUAUUUCAACACCGCCUACAGUCACCAGGACAGUGUCGACGACCGGAAGAUGAAUAUCAAUUCUGCCUAUGUGGUCGCGGGGCAACGCAUCCGGUUAUUCCUCGCCUUCCUGGGUGCUCUACCACUCGCGGUGAUUCCGUAUGUUGUGUUGAAAAUCAACUCUCCCUGGCUGUGGUUCUCUUGGAUGGCGGUCUGGACCGUUUCUAUUGUGAUGCAGAUUGUUCGGUUCGAUUCGAAGAAGCUUGAAAGUGGCGGGCGUAUUCAUUGGGAGAACUUUCUGUUGGGACUGUGGACUACAGUUGCUUGCAUAGUCGAGGUCGGUCUGCAGAAAGUAGAGUUCUGGAACCUAAUCUAG